ACCGGCUACCCCUCAAACUGCACGCACAUUUCUUGGGUUCUUGCAAGCCCUUGCAGUCAGGUCCUUGGAAUCAACAGUCCACAACGGUGACAAUUGAGACACGACACUGAGUCGUUUCGCAUCGACUUGCGAUUUGAUCGAUAUCAUCCACAUGAUUCCAGUCGACGCGUCUCUGGGUCCUGAACUGGUCGAGUUCUGGUCCAAGAAAUAUAGGGAAACAAGAAAGGAACUGGACAAUCUUAAGACUGUCAUGAUGCGUAAGUUGUCUGAGCGCGACGAGAUCUUGGAAAUCGUGCGCAGCAUCAAAAAGACUGUCGACGAUGAGGCAACUUUGCGUCAUAAACUUGAAGAGGCUGAGCGGAGUUUUCUCUCCAGACGGACACAAUUAAGUAUAACUCAAACUAGCUCCCUCGCCAAGGAAGCCAUCGAGCACAGAAAUUCGGUUAUAUCCCAGCGGUUCCCCCCUGUUAACUUUGUGGAACAUUCUGCGAAGACAACGGUCAUAUUUACGGACUACAUGGCAAUCAUUAAGGAUCUGCCGAGUGCAUUUUCUCGAGACCGGUUGCAGUUUAUGAUUUGUCCCCCCUCUUCCCUGCCAUUGUACGUGCCCGUAUUUGGGCAACAUGGCUUCUGGUUUUACGCCCCCUCCUAUGAACCAUUUCAACUCAUCGCCGAAAUUCAUCCGAACGAGUGGUCCUAUCUCGGCCAGUACGUUAGUGCACCCUUUCCUAAUGCUGAGAUGAAACUAUCAGAGUGGAUGUCGCUGGACGAGGAGACUAAAACGAAUCACUGCUCUCGUGUCGCUUCUCUCAAUCCUGGCGGAGAUCCGACUGUCGUGAGGCAACGAUACGAGACUGGCGAAUGGAAGAUACCCUGCUGUUCACUACAGUGUGUGGGAUACAACAAGUGGUUGGGUGAAGCACUGCAGAAAGCCGCCUCGAAUUUACGAUCGCGGCAGAUCACACAGCAACAGCGACAGCGACAGCAACAACAACAACAACAACAACAACAACAACAACAACGGCAAGCGCUGGCACUAACUUUUGGGCCAUCUACAGGUACCCGGGCAGAGCAAUCACCAGAGGCUUCUGGUGCUUCACAAGCAGGGACUAAGAGAACAGGCUUCUCGAGUGAUAAUGAUGAGGAUGAUAUCAUACCAAAAAAAUCGCGGCUGUCACCCCAAAUAAUCUUGAAGUUCGAGUCGUGAAUACCGGGUCUCUGUUCAUAAACUUUCGCAUGUUAUCUACUUUACCUUGGUCGGAUGUGAGACACAGCAUGGUUGUGGAAGCCAGUUUGUCACCACCAUAAGAGUGGUUAAUACCAGCCUUCUCCCGAGUACACGUUUCCAAAUGACACACCACAGCAUGUCCAGUGCAGAAACCGGAAACCGAUGCCCAAAGAAGUGUGUCUCCUUGCGUACGUACCCUCUAGCAACACGAUAAGAAACGAGACGAACCAUAGUUAGGAGCAAG